AUGGCUUCAAAUCCAGAGAAAACUCCUCCUCCUCCUUCAGAUGAGAAAAACAAUUCGAAUUCCAAGGAGGAGAGUAAGAGUACUAAACCGGAAUCGAGCUCAGGAGCUUCGCCUUCGCCUCCACCUUCAUUCGCUGAUGCCUUCGGUGCUUUCGAUUUCUCAAGCAUGGCCGGUAUUCUCAAUGAUCCAAGCAUCAAGGAACUUGCUGAGCAAAUAGCUAAAGACCCUGCGUUUAACCAGUUAGCUGAGCAGCUUCAGAGAUCUGUUCCAAAUGCAUCUCAUGAAGGUGGUCUCCCUAAUUUCGACCCAGAACAGUACUUGACCACAAUGAAUCAGGUUAUGGGGAACCCUGAGUUCAGGACUAUGGCCGAGCGACUUGGUAACGCCUUGGUACAGGAUCCACAAAUGUCUCCUUUUCUGGAGGCUUUUUCGAACCAGGAGGAUGGAGCAGCAUCAGAGCAGUUUGCUGAGCGUAUGGCUAAGUUGAAAGAAGAUCCAGAACUGCAACCUAUACUAGCUGAGAUAGACGCUGGUGGUCCUUCUGCUAUGAUGAAGUACUGGAAUGACAAAGAUGUGUUGAAAAAGCUGGGGGAAGCAAUGGGUGUAGCUGUUGGAGGAGAGCAGAAUGUUCCAGCUGAACCUGCAACUGAGGAGGCGGAGGAAGAAGAAGAGGAAGAGUCUAUUGUUCAUCAGACUGCUAGUCUUGGUGAUGUGGAGGGUCUGAAAGCUGCGUUGGCAUCUGGUGGUAACAAGGAUGAAGAAGACUCACAGGGAAGGACAGCACUGCAUUUUGCAUGUGGCUAUGGCGAGAUGAAGUGUGCACAAAUUCUUCUGGAUGCUGGAGCAAAUGUGAAUGCGAUUGACCAAAACAACAACACUCCAUUGCAUUAUGCCGCGGGUUAUGGAAGGAAAGAGUGUGUAAGCAUUCUCCUAGAGAAUGGCGCUGCAGUCACUCUGCAGAACAAUGAUAGGAAAACUCCAAUUGAUGUGGCCAAGCUUAACAACCAGUUCGAGGUGGUGAAGCUACUUGAGAAGGACGCUUUCCUCUGA